AUGCGGUGCGUCUGCAUGCAUGGUCGUGCAUGGGAUCCGGGUGUAGUUGCGCGCGGGCCGCAUGUCACUUUUGUUUUCUUCGAAUUUUUCGAUAUUCGGCGUAUAUGUCUAUAUAUGCGAGGGCUUGGUUCCGUUUAUUCCCAUGCCGGAACCCAUCAGUUUCAAGAAUGUGGAAAAGAGAGUUUAAAACGGCCAAGCUAUCGGGAGAAAAGCGAGGCAGCGAGUAAAGUUUUUCCAAGAGACAUUCAGCAAGUGCACGGUAUCGUUCAUCUCCUUUGUCACCGAAGCGAUCGCGAAGGCUCCUGUGCGUUUCAGAAAAAUACUCUCAAGCCAGUUGGAUACUCGUUUUUUUUAUUUUAUUUUUCAUUGUUGUUGCUUCUUCUUGUUCUUCUUCAAGUCGUUUGCGAGCUUUAUAACAACCACUCACACCCAGGCUACAACCCGCACUCGCCGUCGAGCUGA